AUGGAGGGGAAGCCGCCUAAAGCGGCGUUGGCCAUCCCUCGCCGGAAGCGCAAUCGAAUUCGAACUUCCUGUCGGCCUUGUCGCACCAGGAAGUCAAAGUGUGAUGGGAAUCGUCCUUCGUGCUUGACGUGCCUGAGCAGAGGCCUCCCUGAUCAGUGUGUCUACGAACAAACACGGCCGGGAGAGCACAGGAUUGUCUCAUUUCGGAAUAUUCCACAUCCAUCUCCGAAUGGCGCAAUCUCAUCUGGAAGCUCGGUUGCUGCUUCAAAUAGAGACUCGCUUGUUGGACACUCCACCGAGCCCAAACCAUUGGGCAGGAAAUGGUCGAAGAAUAGUACUACGGAAACCUGUAUUGAAAAGGAAUCGGAUUCAAAAGACGCCAUUGAUCGAGAUGAGGACGUAUUCGGUCCACCCUCAACUUUUUCUUUCAUUAAUCGAGUCGUCGCUACGAUUGAACCGUGUAAACCAACACCAAAUAGGAACUCAUCAUUAAGCAAGUCGUUUCUCAGAGAUCCAAUUGGUUUCAACGUCUCAAAUGCCGAGGAUGUAGGCUUAGAUAUGGAUGACCUGCUGCUACCAGAGAAGAAUCUGGCAGACUCUCUUAUUAGCACAUACUGGCGAUAUUCGCACCCGGUCUUCCCUGUGCUGCACCGACCAGGCUUCAUGAACAAAUAUGAGGCUCUUUGGAAGUCUACAGAAUCAUUUUCAAGAUAUACAGGCAAUGACAUCCUCCUACUUGCCACGAUCAAUAUUGUCUUGGCUAUCGGCUGCCAGCGGUCCGAACACUGUCCUGCCAAUUGGAGAAAGAGAGAUGCCGAGUCGUUGUACAGGCGAUCAGUCCAUCUGAUUUCUGCCGAAACCCUGGAUUCAUACUCAUUCGAGGUGCUGCAGCUGUUUCUGCUGAGAGUCAUCUAUCUCCAAUAUACAUCUUUUGCCUCGCGAUGUUGGAGCACACUAGGUAUUGCGCAAAGAGUUGCUUUUGGCCUUGGGCUCGAUAAAGAGGCCCCCGAAUCAAUGGGCCAAUUAGAACGGGAAAUGAGACACAGAGUGUGGCAUGUUGCCACAAUAAUGGAUAGCAUAGCAUCAUAUACGUUUGGGUGGCAAAUGGACAUAACCGUGCCGAAUCUGGUGUCGACACCUCAGCCAAUUGACGAUGAGUACUUGCAGGAAGAAGGCGAAGGCUCUCAACCAGCAGAUAAGCCCUCUCGGCUCGACUUUUUUCGAUACUAUCGCCACAUGUGUGAUGUUCCUCGCGACAUUGCGGCGAAUAUACAUCUUCUCGGUCAGAAUUUAGGAGGACAACGCUCGAAUUCUCUUCUGACCCAGUAUAUCAGCGAAAUUCCUAAAUAUUGUCUUCACCUCGAUGAGUUUCUCGGCAGCUUACCCAGCCACCUCCAGGAAGCCAAUGAACAUGCCGUGGAUGAGUGCUUUCAGAUUCAAGGACAGAUAUUGAGGACGCGUUCAAUCUAUGUUAAGCUUACUAUUCUUCGCCCUUGUCUGCUGGCAAGCGUCGCAAAUCGUUCAAUCCGCUCGGAGCUACGGAAAGCAAAGACUGGCAACCAAAGUCUCACCAUGGGACUGCUUCAAGAGGUCAACAAGCUCUGUGUCACUACGGCACGGACAGUGAUUGAUAAAGUACAUAAAAACAUCCACAUUGUGUACCGAGCAUCGACUUGGCACACAUUACGAGUGACAUUCGGUUCAGCGACAGUCCUGUUGGCGGCUAGUUUAAUACCAGACUUGGGCGUCGAUCUAGACCAGGAGCCGAACAAGACUUCAUGGGAACAGGCCGUUGCCAUUUUCGAAUUUUACAUAUCGUAUGAUAUAUCUGCUCAGGGGGGCAUCCAAGCUUUAUGGGAUUAUCGGCAGAAGUUUGAAGCCACCAAGAGGCGCGGAGAGCCACCGCCAAAUGAAAUGGGACAAGCUGAGACACGACAGAGUCCUCAAAAUGGCACAGGGACUGUUGUUUCUGAAGAAACUCCUCUUAACAUGGACAAUAUUUUCUUCGGAGUUGAUACCCAGGGCCAGGGCGUUGAUCUCUCACAGGCGUUUCACGAUUGGAAUUGGCUUGACUUUGACAUUCCAGAAUUCAUGCUAUCAUAG